GUUCCGCCAUAUAUUGUGGCUUCGUUGUGCAUUUCAGCUGUCUACUACUUGCUUCUGCAUUUCUUCUAAGGUUUGCCAGCUCACCUCCAUCUGCACCUGCGGAUCAUCAAGGUCUGCAAUCAUGGUGCAGUUUGGAGCUCACCAGCUUCCACCACCUGUCUUGCAGGAGCGUCAGCGAGCGUCGUUAUGCAGCCAGUACCUUCAAGGGUACUGCUCUAACGGGAACAGCUGCACAGACAGCCAUGAUCUUUGUCGGGUUGUGGAAACUGACCUCUCCCUUUCCUUGUCCUUGGCUAGGGUGAGCGUCGACUCAGCCCCAAAUUUUAUUUCCAAUCGUCCACGUACUCAGCUGGAUCCACCGUUCGACUCUGAUGGUCCCGGCUUCCUAUCCCUCUCUGGAGCUCGUCACAAUAACGAUCACAUCAAUAUCCAGGAUAUUCGAAUACUCCCCACUACGGACGAGAUUCUCUCUGGAAGGCCACCUUUUGUACCAUCGAAGAGUCAUCAGAUCUCUCACGUCGAGGGGGAUGGCCAGCCGAAGCUCGUCGACGCCUUGUUCCGGAUGCUCAGAUACGAGAGCACCGAGAUGCUGGCCGAUGUGUCUUAUCGAGCCGGCCAGAUGCUGUUUGAGCGUCCUGAUGGAAGCCCAGCCAUUGACAACGGGCUAAUCAGGCAAGAGACGCCACGAGGGAGCAGAUUUUCACUCUUUAGGGACGUCAAGUUUGAGGACUUUAGCUUCGAUGAGCGUUGUGGGCUCAUCGUUCGUGUGAGCUAUUGGUGUCCUCCUUCCUUUCGAGGACAUGGGAAUAUGAGCAAGUCGGGAUUCUUGGAAAGGGGGAUGCUGGUAGCUCUUGUAGGGCUAGAUGCCGACCAUCGCAGUCUCUCAGUCACAUUUUUUGAAGUGCAUCUUCGGCAGAGUACGGAGGCUAUGCUAUCCCGUGGCGGCAAAGGCAUUCGAGCAUCCGUUCAGCUCUCAUUUGCCCAGAAAGACGAACGAAAUGACUUUACACGAAUAUUGCUCUACAAAACUUCGAUCUGUCGUGGCGAGUUUGUUUUGGUAGAAUUUCCGAAUGUACUACUUGCGAGUUUUUCUUCUUGUUUGAAGCGACUUCAGAACCUGUACAAUGGAAAUAAGCUGCCUUUUGCGCCAUUGAUAGCACCUUCGUUUUACCAAGCUACAUCAUUCAAUAUCCAGCCUCCAGCCUAUGCGCGACAACCUGGUUUUUCAUUUAAUCUUUCGAAUCUACGGCGCCCGGAAAGAAGGACUUUGACUUGUGAACUUCGUAUGUCUCUCGAAGAUGUAGCAGAUGAAGACCAACGUACAAAGUUUAUGAACCGGUUGGGAAAGGAAACAACCCUUGAUGAAGGACAGAGCGUGGCACUUAUUGAAUGUUUAACUCGGGAAUUAGCUUUCACCCAAGGUCCUCCCGGUACGGGGAAGACUUAUUUGGGGGUUGCGCUUGUGAAAGCUAUUUUAGCUUCUCAACCAGAGGACUCCCAGAGACCCAUUAUCGCCGUGUGCAUGACCAAUCAUGCGUUGGACAGCUUCUUAGAAGAUUUGAAAAACGAAGGCAUUACAAGCAUUGCGCGGCUUGGUGGGGGUAGUAAAAAGGAAUGGACAAAGCCACAUCUUUUAAAGGAGCUAAGUCGCAAAAUGAAAGUGUCGAGAAAGGAUCGGCACGAAACCUACACGCACAGGGCGCGUCGAGAAGCACUUUUCAGUCAGGGCACCAAGUGGUGUGCGGCUAUUAAUGGCGAAAGGCUGGACUGGCACGUUGUCAAGGAACACCUGGCUUCCCAUUAUCCCUCAAUCUACGACCAGUUUUCAUCCAUGGAAUCGGCCGAUGACGGCUCACCAAACCGGCGACUGGCUCGAAAAGCCAUUGGAUUUAUCUAUCACUGUUGGUCUCAGGGCGCGGACAUCGUCUCAUUGCCGACUUUGUCGGAAGAAUUUGGAACAUAUCUGGGUGUCGAUCCCUUCUUCGAAAAUAACUCAUCAGCUGCUCCAGGCAUAAUCCAAGCGCUGUUCGACAAGAUUACUACUCGAUGCCGACAAUCUCACGACCUAACUGCGCAUGGCGUCAACAUAUGGUCAAUGUCGCUGACUGAGCGCCACGAUUUGUUAGAUCGAUGGAAGAACGAGUUAGGAGACCGUCUUCUCGUUGAUCAACUAGUGGAGUUACAGUGCCGUCAUUUCAAUGCCGACAAAAAUUGGUUAAAGGGCAGGGACGACAGGGAUUCUAGAUGCCUCCAAAACCAGCAGGUCAUUGGCCUAACUACCACGGCUUGCGCCGCGUACUGGGAUUUGUUAAACAAAGUUCAAGCCCGCGUGGUCAUCUGUGAAGAAGCUGGUGAGGUUAUGGAAGCUCAUACAAUGUGCACACUCUUUCCUUCAGUUGAACAUGCGAUCUUUAUUGGAGACCCAUUGCAGCUUAGGCCGCACGUGCGUGAGCGAAACCUUUCUCUUGAGACGACAAUCGGCAGCCAUUAUAGGCUUGAUGAGUCUUUGUUUGAAAGAUUGGCAAUGACGAAAGACGAAUGGAUGGAACCAUUUCCCGUUUCCAAAUUGAAUUUGCAACGGAGAAUGCAUCCGGACAUCGCCGACCUUUCGCGUGCGACUCUAUAUCCGUACCUUAAAGAUCAUGAUUCUACAAAAUCACACAAACGAGUUGCUGGUAUGGUACAUAGGAUGUACUGGUUUAAUCAUCACAUGCCUGAAGAUACUCCAAAUGGAGCUUCCAAAGCAACGAGUUCUUUUUCGAAUCUUUUCGAGGUUGAAAUGGUUGCAGGGCUUGUCAAUUAUCUGGUGUCAGGUAAUGAGUAUGGGCUAAACGACAUUGCUGUUUUGACUCCAUACAACGGACAACUGGCUGCACUUACAAGAUUCUUGAGCCUUAAUUGCUCCGUUUGGCUAAGCGAGUCUGAUCGAGAAGAAUUAAUCGCCGCCGGUCUUCUGAGUGAAGAGAAUGCUCCAGCUGGAUACAAGACACAUGUUGGUGUACUUGACAUGCUGCGUGUUGCUACAAUAGAUAAUUUUCAAGGUGAAGAAGCCAAAAUAAUCAUUUUUAGCGCCGUGAGAAGCAAUGCCGAAAAGAAUGUUGGGUUUCUCAAGACUGAAAAUCGCAUCAAUGUUGCGUGCAGCCGCGCGCGAGACGGAUUCUAUGUAAUCGGGAAUGCAGAUGUUGUUAGAAACGUCCCAAUGUGGAGUAAAAUAAUUAAUGUUUUCAGAUCAAAGCAGUUGUUAGGACCACGAUUUCUCCUGAGUUGUUCUCGUCAUCCGCAUGGUGUUGGCCGUGCUUUUAUACCGUCGGACUGGGAAAAGGUGGGACAGUGUCCUCUAUUAUGCGGAAAGUUGCUUUCUUGUGGGCACUUUUGCAAAGAAAAAUGCCAUGAUCCUGAGUUGCACAGUCGAAUGAAAUGUCUAGAGGAUUGCAGACGCGUGCACAAAUGCGGGCACAAAUGCCAGAACGCCUGUGGGGACCCCUGCAGCGACUGCAAUCUUUCCCGGCGAUUCGUGCUUUCAUGCGGUCACUCAACUCUUUUACCUUGCCAAGAACAAAGCAGGUUAUCGGAAAUCCGCUGUGGCCACGUUAAAAAGAGGGAAUUGCUUUCUUGUGGGCAUAUGCUCAGGAUUACCUGUUCAAACCGUGAUGAGCCUCGCCGCUGUACGGAGCAGUGCGGGGCAUUCCUCCGAUGCGGGCACAUAUGCAAAUCAGCUUGCUCUGAAUGUGCUGCACUUCCGGCCCAUCCACCUUGUCGAACGCUCUGCAAAAGGAGGCUCGAAUGCGGACAUAUAUGCCCUGCCAAGUGCCACGCAGGGGCUUGUCCACGAUGCGAUCACUGCCUCCCAUCGACUAUCAAACCCCCCAAAAUAUCGGGGCCGUGCCUUGGCGAAGAUUUCAAAUCCAUCAAAGCGAUCGGGAAGCGUAUCGCGACUCUAGCGGCAUCCUCGGAAAGGGAUUCAGAAUUGCUCGCAAACCAAUUCGAGAAAUUUUGCGACAACGUGAAGCCAGGCCCUCUUUCCGCGGAGACGAACCAGAGUUUGGUUCACGAACGCGGAAACUGGAUGAACGGCGUCCAAGCCCAGAUUGAUUCCUUCAAAGGUGAAAUUGCUGUCUCAUUUGAACGGAAUUAUGACAACCAGGUUGCAUCGGAAUUUCAGCCGCGAGAAAAUAAUCCAAAAUGGGCGUUUAGCGCACAGUUAGAUUAUCUUUUUCACCGCUGUCGUCUUGCUACCCUGCGUGAAGCAAUGAAGACCGCGAGCCAUCUGAAACAGGUACCGGAUGCAUCUGAGAGACUCCCGGCAAUUGCAGAAGCCCUUCACGUAAUGAUCGGAGAACGGGCGCAAUCGAACAUUGAGAGCAUGGAAAAGUCAAUCAGCUAUUGUGAAGCGCACAGUUUGCAAUUCUUAAAAGUCUGCAUGAGAUUGACGAAGAUUGAAUUUCAUCUCAUCUCAAAGGCAUUGGACGUUCAAGAUGAGGACGAAAUUGAGCGCGAUAUGGACAAAGCCAGGGCCGCUUGCAAUGAUCUACCUCGGAUCUCCUCAACGCUCGGGAAGGCUUUCAAUCAUGUGGAACAGGCUCUUCAAGCGGAAAAUCUAAUUGAAAUGCCCUUUUAUGAAUAUGGGCUGGACAAUUAUUGGAGGCGAUGGAUGGCGUGCGACGAUCAACCUUUGAAGCAAUGUGCAAAUGGCCACGUUUACCCUAAUGAGGGAUUGGAUUAUUGCAUGGACUGUGGAAACGAAGCUGAAAGGUUGAUGUCAGACGCAGAGUACAGAGUUUGAUUACACACAGCUUUUGGCUAGUCAUUGUCGAUGCCCAUGAUUGCCGAAAGAUGAUUUAGUGACAGCGUCCAGCGGUACUUUUAUAUGGAUAUUCUUUCACGACAUAGAUAGUUGACAAUUCAGUUUAUGUUACAAUAGCCACCAAUUGAGAGACCUGCA